ACGUUGCAGAGGAUUGUGGGAAAGACCGGUGUCAGAACAGAAAACGUGCUCGGCGCUGAGACCGUUAACAACCUGUAUUUUCUGUCGUUUUUCUUUUCUUUGUCGCAUAAAUGGAAACUAAAACGGAGCCACACAAACGUUACAUCUGCUCCGUUACCGACUGCUCGGCGGCUUACAACAAACAGUGGAAACUGGACGCUCACAUGUGUAAACACACGGGGCUGAAGCCGUUCAAGUGUGAGCACGAUGGCUGCAGCAAGUCCUUCUGUAGCUCGUAUCACCUAGCACGGCAUGAGCUCACCCACAGCGGCGUGAAGCCGUUUCACUGCACCGUGGACGGCUGCGGCGAGGCCUUCACCACCAACGCAAACCGGGCCAGGCACAUCAGCCGCAUCCACACCGAGGAGCAGAAGAAGUACGUUUGUAAGUUUGAGGGCUGCGGACUCGAGUUCAGGAAGAACAAGCAGCUAAAGUCUCACAUGUGUGAGCAGCACACCCAGCUGCCCCCUUAUCAGUGCACUUAUGAAGGCUGCCAGAUGCGAUUCACCUUCCCCAGCAAGCUGAAGCGGCAUGAGAAGGUGCACAGAGGUUACCCCUGCAAGGAGGACGGCUGCACCUUCACAGGAAAGACGUGGACUGAGCACCUGAAGCACAGGAAGGAGCAGCACAGGGCCAUCCUGAAGUGUGACCAGUGCAGCAAGGUGUUCAGGGACACAUGGUUCCUGCAGCAGCAUCAGCAUGUCCACUCUGAUAUGCGGGUUGUCCUGCAUUGUCCCAGGGACGGCUGUGACAGGUCAUUCACCACAACCUUUAACCUGCAGAGUCACAUCAGCUCCUUCCACGAUGAGCUGCGGCCCUUCACCUGCACAUACGCAGGCUGCAGCAAGACCUUCGCCAUGAGGCAGAGCCUCCAGCGUCACAGCAUUGUCCACGACCCGGAGAAGAGGAAGCUAAAGAAGCCUAAAGCCAAAAGAUCUCUUGCCUCCAGGUUAAGCGGUUACAGUGAAACAAAGAGAGUAGUCUGCAAAAAGCGCCAGAAGCCUGAAUCUGCUCAGAAAAAGACAGAUCCACCCGGUCCUGUUGAGUUGGUGUCCCUCCUGCAAGAUACGUCCUUGCUCUGCAGCCCUGCUGUGGACACACACGGACUUACUAAUUCCCUGACUACACCUUUAACAGUGUAGAGUUUCAUACCAGUAUUGUGAGGACAGCAGAUGCUUGAAAAUAGCAUUCAUUAUGUAUUAUCGUUUCUAACUUGGUUGUUGGAAGUUUUGGUGUUGCAUAAAGUUUCCCACCACUGUGAAGUCACCAUCUAGAAGUCUAAGAGUUGGACAUGUAGGGUGUUUGGGUUGGUGUGGCUGAAACCAAACACACCAAACUGCCUGUUGAGUUGGUUGAUUUUCAUUUAUUUCUGUAAAUGAAUUCUGUAUGAAGAGGUCAGCACACCUACAGGAAUGGAGCCAGGUUCAGGCGUUCCCUCCCUCUGUAUUAUUUCUCUCUGUAUAAAUUAUGUCUUGUGCACUUUUUGUGAACGUUCCAGAGCCAUUAUUUUCAUUAUAUGUUUCUGAAGUCGAUAAGAAAAAUAUAUUUUGUACACAUUGUAAAGAGCUGAUAAGAAAAUGUAAGUUUUUUUUGGUUGCAUUGUAAAAGUAUAGGAUGGUGCUUAACUAAAACCCAUGGAUGCACUGAAUGCAUGUUGUGUCUGAAUAGCAUUAUUGUUUUUUACAGGGCCCUUUAAAUCAGUUAGGCAUAACGUAGUAUCCAGUACUACCCUGGGGAAAAGCCUUAACAUUGCACUUGCACGCAGAAAUAAAACAACUGUGUGAUUAUUUUGACCUACAGGACAUUAAACAUUAAAAUAUUCCCAAAUUUAAACUGAUAUUGUCCAGUCAGACUUGACUCUUGUGGCUGAAUGGUAGCAAAUCCCCUCAGCCAGUUUCCAAAGUCUGGUGAAAAUGCUUCCAGAAGUGUGGAGGCUGUCGUGGCAGUAGGUUUAUGCCCAUGGCUUCAUGUGGCAUGUAUGAGUGAAAUGUUCAGGUUUCCACACACUGUAAAGUGCUUGUGUGUCCACAUACUUUUGGUCUUGUAGUUUAUGUUUCUCGACCUUGUGUCAUCAUGGUCCAGGAGAGUGCAGCCGAUGUCACUGACUUGCACAUCUUAAACCAGAGGAGGGGUGUGUGUUGCCAGUGAAAUCGCAGGCUCCACAGAGCGACUGGAAUGAAAACCUGCGGAUUCUUUGGCCGUGAUGACAAACGGUGGAGUAUCUCAGCUCUGACCAGCAGAUUUACAGCGUAAACAGGAGCAGCUCUGUGCGAGUUUGAGAUUCCGAGGCUAAAUCCUCUUUGAAUAUUUCCAGUAACGGGAAGGCUGCUCCCUACAUUCCUGCCCUGCUCAGCUCAGACGAGCCCUAUAUGGACUGACUGUCUGACCAACUCACCCAGGAAUGCUCUGCAGACCUCAUCCAAUUACUAUUCAUACAGUUUGAAUGUAACAUGUAAGGCCCUGUAAUCAUUUCCUGUUUUAAAAGCUUCCUACAUGGCUGUUGGAGCGAUAAAACUCAAAUUCAUCAUGGGGGACCAAUGCUCAGAUUUGUCUUGAUGACACAGCUGCAGAGUUUACAGUAACACUGCUCAAACGCACAUGCAAAUACAGUAUAAUAAUAUCUUUAUCUGCUGCUUCAGUCGGAAACAUUUCAGAUAAAAAUCACCAUUUUCCUUCAUGAUUUUUCAACAAAUCAGACACCACUGUUUCUGUGUUUACCUUCUAUGAAUAAAAUGUGUUUUCACUGUU